CGGCAGCGAAAGGGGCGAGUGGGCGGCUGUGCGCCUGGCUCGCGACCGGAUGUUCCCGGAGGUCUUGAGACUGCAACAGUGUCGCUCUGGUGUGACAGAGGCCCCUGCCCUCUCCCCAUUUCCCCCUCUGUGUUUUAUUAUUAUUAUUUCUGGCUUGCGCAAGGCGAGGGAAGGAAACGCCAGGCAGAGCCAGUUCAGGUUUGAGGAGCAACGACUAGCCCAGGCGGCAGCGGAGAAGACAAGUGGCAGGUUGAGUCACCCGAGGGCUGAGGCGAUAUGCCCGCGGUGCAGAAAACCGUGUCUGACCUGCGGUUCAGAGCGGAGGGCUAUGAGAAGACAGAUGAUGUUUCAGAGAAGACCUCACUAGCUGAUCAGGAGGAAGUGAGAACUAUAUUUAUCAAUCAACCACAAUUCUCUAAAUUUUGUAACAAUCACGUCAGCACUGCAAAAUACAACUUAAUCACAUUCCUGCCGAGAUUCCUCUAUUCCCAAUUCAGAAGAGCUGCUAAUGCCUUUUUUCUUUUCAUUGCAUUGCUUCAGCAAAUUCCAGAUGUUUCUCCAACAGGACGUUAUACAACAUUGGUUCCUCUCUUAUUUAUUUUAAUUGUAGCAGCAGUUAAAGAAAUAAUAGAAGACAUUAAAAGGCAUAAAGCUGAUAAUGCUGUGAACAAGAAGAAAAUACAAGUACUGAGAAACGGAGCUUGGGAAAUUGUUCACUGGGAAAAGGUUGCAGUAGGGGAAAUAGUGAAAGUGACCAAUGGGGAACAUCUCCCUGCUGAUCUCAUCAGUCUGUCUUCAAGUGAACCACAAGCUAUGUGUUACAUUGAAACAUCAAAUUUAGAUGGUGAAACUAAUCUAAAAAUCCGACAGGGUUUGCCAUUGACAUCAGAUAUAAAGGACAUUGACAGCUUGAUGGGACUUUCAGGCAGAAUUGAAUGUGAAAGUCCAAACAGGCACCUUUAUGACUUUGUUGGCAAUAUCAGACUAAAUGAACAUGGCACUGUACCACUAGGACCUGAUCAAAUUCUUCUCCGUGGAGCUCAGCUAAGAAAUACACAAUGGGUUCAUGGAAUAGUUGUCUAUACAGGGCAUGAUACAAAACUCAUGCAGAACUCAACAAGCCCACCUCUUAAACUAUCCAACGUGGAAAGAAUUACAAAUAUACAAAUUCUGUUUUUGUUCUGCAUUCUUAUUGUGAUGUCCUUAAUUUGUUCCAUUGGUUCAGCUAUAUGGAAUAAAAAACAUGAGGAGAGGGACUGGUAUGUCAAUUUAAACUAUGGUGGAGCUAAUAAUUUUGGACUGAAUUUCCUGACCUUUAUAAUUCUCUUCAAUAAUCUCAUUCCAAUCAGCUUGUUAGUUACACUAGAAGUGGUUAAAUUUAUCCAAGCAUAUUUCAUAAACUGGGAUAUUGACAUGCAUUAUGAACCUACAGACACUUCUGCUAUGGCUCGUACCUCCAAUCUUAAUGAAGAACUUGGCCAGGUCAAGUACAUAUUUUCUGAUAAAACUGGCACCCUGACAUGCAACGUAAUGCAAUUUAAGAAGUGCACUAUUGCAGGAAUAGCUUAUGGCCAUUCUCCUGAAUCAGAGGAUUAUGCCUAUUCUACAGAUGAUUGGCAAAGUUUGCAAUCCAGAGAUGAAAAAAUAUUUACCGAUUCAUCAUUACUGGAAAACCUCCAAAAUAAACAUCCAACCGCUCCUAUAAUUUGUGAAUUUCUAACAAUGAUGGCAGUGUGCCAUACAGCAGUUCCAGAAAGAGAGGAUGAUAAGAUUAUUUAUCAAGCAGCAUCUCCAGAUGAAGGAGCGUUGGUUAGAGCAGCCAAACAACUCCAUUUUGUUUUUACUGGAAGAACACCAGACUCUGUUAUUAUUGAAUCUCUUGGACAGGAAGAAAGAUAUGAAAUGCUAAAUGUGCUAGAAUUUACAAGUUCUAGGAAAAGAAUGUCUGUGAUUGUCCGCACACCUUCAGGAAAAUUAAGACUAUACUGCAAAGGGGCUGACACGGUAAUUUAUGAUCGCCUGGCUGAAAAUUCAAGAUACAAGGAAAUUACUCUGAAACAUUUAGAGCUGUUCGCUACAGAAGGCUUGAGAACACUUUGUUUUGCUGUUGCGGAGAUUUCAGAAAAUGACUACCAAGAGUGGCUAAAUGUCUAUCAAAGAGCUGCAACAUCUGUACAAAACAGAGCACUAAAACUUGAAGAGAGUUAUGAACUAAUUGAAAAAAAUCUUCAGUUACUUGGAGCUACAGCCAUAGAAGAUAAGUUACAAGACCAAGUGCCUGAAACAAUAGAAACGCUAAUGAAAGCAGAUAUUAAAAUUUGGAUCCUUACUGGAGAUAAGCAAGAGACUGCUAUUAACAUUGGACACUCCUGUAAACUCUUGAGAAAGAACAUGGGAUUAAUUGUCAUAAAUGAAGGCUCUCUUGAUGCAACAAGAGACACCUUAAGCCAUCAUUGCAGCACUCUUGGUGAUGCUUUGAGGAAGGAAAAUGAUUUUGCUCUUAUUAUUGAUGGUAAAACAUUGAAGUACGCCUUGACAUUUGGUGUAAGACAAUAUUUCCUGGAUUUGGCUCUGUCAUGUAAAGCUGUUAUUUGUUGCAGGGUUUCACCUCUUCAGAAAUCUGAAGUUGUAGAAAUGGUUAAAAAACAGGUAAAAGUAGUAACGCUGGCAAUUGGUGAUGGAGCAAAUGAUGUUAGCAUGAUACAAACAGCACAUGUUGGUGUUGGUAUUAGUGGCAAUGAAGGGCUUCAAGCAGCUAAUUCUUCAGAUUAUUCAAUAGCUCAGUUCAAGUACUUGAAGAACUUACUCUUGGUCCAUGGUGCCUGGAAUUACAGCAGAAUUGCUAAAUGCAUCCUAUACUGCUUCUACAAGAAUAUCGUACUUUAUAUUAUUGAGAUAUGGUUUGCAUUUGUUAAUGGAUUUUCUGGACAAAUACUAUUUGAAAGAUGGUGCAUAGGACUUUACAAUGUGAUGUUUACAGCUAUGCCCCCACUGACACUUGGAAUAUUUGAGAGAUCCUGUCGCAAAGAAAAUAUGUUAAAAUACCCAGAAUUGUACAAGACAUCUCAACAUGCCCUGGAUUUCAAUUCAAAGGUUUUCUGGGUUCAUUGUUUAAAUGGCCUCUUCCACUCAGUAAUUCUAUUUUGGUUUCCAUUAAAAGCCAUCCAGUAUGAUACUGUAUUUGCCAGUGGUAAAACUUCAGACUACUUGCUUUUGGGAAACACGGUAUAUACAUUUGUGGUAAUAACUGUGUGUUUAAAAGCUGGAUUAGAGACCUCAUAUUGGACUUGGUUUAGCCACAUAGCUAUAUGGGGCAGCAUUGCACUGUGGGUAGUAUUUUUUGGAAUCUACUCUUCCUUGUGGCCUCUAAUUCCUAUGGCACCUGAUAUGUCUGGAGAGGCUGCUAUGUUGUUCAGUUCUGGUGUUUUCUGGAUGGGCUUACUAAGCAUUCCAAUGACAGCUUUGAUAUUCGAUGUAGUAUAUAAAAUAGUGAAGAGAGCCGCAUUUAAAACAUUGGUAGAUGAAGUUCAGGAGUUAGAAGCAAAAUCUCAAGAUCCAGGAGCUGUUGUUCAUGGGAAAAGCUUAACUGAACGAGCUCAGCUACUGAAAAAUGUCUUUAAGAAAAACCAUGUCAGCCUGUACCACUCUGAGUCUCUGCAACAAAACUUGCUUCAUGGUUAUGCCUUCUCUCAAGAUGAAAAUGGGAUUGUUUCACAGUCUGAAGUAAUACGAGCCUACGAUACUACAAAGCAAAGACCUGACGAGUGGUGAAGGAGAACAAUGUCACUGAGCUCUCAUAUUUGCCAUAGUAUGGCAAACUAAUAUAUAUUUUCUGGGUCUGCUAACAAGGUCCAGUAACAGAAAUUAGAAGAUGUGUGUUGUUAAUCUUAUUCCUUGAAGUUUGAGUUCACAUACUGAGUAGACAUAAGCACUGUGCAACUAUACUGUAAUACACCAUCUCUAAAAUUUUUAACAAGUGUUACUUGGAUUUUGUAAGCAGAGAUUGAAAUUUUCCUUCAGUCUUUGCAGACUACUUACUUACACUGAAGCUGAAUACGUACCGUUCCUAUAUAUAGAGAGGGAACAUACUGAACAGUCAGAUUAUACAUUAUAGCAUACAUUGACAACCAUAGCGUUUGCAAAGGUUUGCAAAUGGGGAAUAAUUUAAAGUAACUAGCCUUUGAUUUCAACAAGUGCUAAAAUCAAUUUUUAGAUAUGUGAUGAAGUAAGAUUUCAAAGCAAGACAUUUAUAGUUAAAUGUGUCAAACUAGCCUAAAAAGUUUGCCAAAGAAUUUCCAUAUUUUCAUUUUAGUAAUCAUUAGUAGAAAAAUGUUAAAGGAUAGCAAUGUCAAGUGUGAUAUCAGAAUUGCAUGCUUGAUACUCUGUACUUGAAAAGUUUUACAAUAAUGUGAAUUUGAUACUGUUUGCUUUGUAUUGCAUUUAUUUUUUAAAUCUGUGAUCAUUUUCACCUUUGGCCUUAUACAAGCCUUUCUCUUAUUCAUGUUCAUUUAAUGGAAAUGUAUCCAUUUAACACAGCAGCCAUUUUCUAUGUAAGGGGCAUUUGUCUUUGAAUUAUAGAUAAAUACUGGUC